AUGGGUUUCACUUGUUUGAUAGAUCUCCAUAUGAUCACUUCUCAAGAUAAAAACUUUUCUGUAGUUUCAUAUCUAAAACACAUUUUCAUAGCCAUACUUUCUCAUCUUCUCAUCAUCGAUCAUCCUCAGCCGUCCGAUGGUGAAUAUGAUCGUGAAGAAUACAGUUCUCCACCACCACCACCACCACCACCAUCAAUGGCGUUAUUUCCAGACUUGUUUUUGGCUGAGUCCAUCAAAAGACAGCUUCCGGCGAUGCCCUACAGAAGAUUUCUUCAACUUACUCAACAGAAACACGAUCACGAAGAAGAUGAAGAUGAGUGUACCAUAUGCAUGGACACCAUAGAGUUCGACGAUGAAAUCAGAGCGCCAAUGAAUUGUUGCCACGUGUUUCACAAAAAGUGCCUUGAUGGAUGGGUUGACCAGGGUCAACCCAGUUGCCCUCUGUGCAGAUCAAAGUUGGUGUCCACGUCAUCAUCAUCACCAAAAGAUCAUCGAGAUCCAUGGAGGUCUGAGAGAAUGGUUUACCUUUUUGGGGAAGACGAUUAUUUUUAG